AUGUCUUUAUCCUCAUCAUCCCCUUCGAAAAAGCGAAAACAUGAAGCGGUAGCAGAAGACUACUUGUCUUCCCCUCACAAGAAGGCAAAGAAAGAUGGGAAAGGAAAAAAGUCAAAAGGGAAGAGCAGAGCCGAUGGCCAAUUCCAAGUCGUGAACGCGUCUAUUCGAGUAUCUAUCCCGCCGAGAUUUUCUUUGGAUCCUCUAUCGGGUGUAAAAGAGAUGCUUGACUCACUGGUAAUGAGAUACGUUCCUGCUCUGCAAGGUGUUAUGCUUUGCCAUUCAAACGUGAAAUUCAUCUCGGAUACAGCUAUAUUAAAGAACGAGUGUCCCUUUUCCGUAUGUACUGUGAGCUUCGAUGCAACAGUGUGGAGUCCACAAAUCGGCAUGAAACUAGCCGGGACGAUAAAUUUAUGUUCGCCAGAUCAUAUAUCAUUACUCGUACAUCGGACCUUCAACGUUUCUAUACCUAGAGAACACAUACCAACCGAAAACUGGGCAUUCGAGUAUGGUCCUGCAGAAAAUGAUCCUGAAUUCGGUCCAAACGCCGCUGAUGCCGUGGAGACUGCUGCGGAAGGACAAGAAACGGAAGAGCCGUCGGGCAUCUGGGUACAUAAGACUACUGCCGAUAGAUUAGGAGGUAGAGACGGACAGCUCGAAUUUACAGUUAUCGGUCUAACUGUCGCAAAUCAAAUGCUAUCAUUAAAAGGCUCGAUCCAACCAGACCCAUUUUCUCCAGAUCACGUACCACAACCAGCAGUCCCGUCUGCAAAUGCCGACCUCGAGGUAGAAGGUGACAACGAAGACCAGCGAACCGAGGACGAGCAAAGAUUGAAGAGUCUUCAGCAAGUUGAUGAUCCAAUUAAUGAUAGCGACGAAGAAGACCCGUUCAGUCAUUUGGGUCGGGCAGCAGACGAAUCUCUCGAAAAGGCGGCUGUUGAAAAGGAUCGCCUGGAGGACGAGAAGGCGAGAGAAAAGGAGGAUAAGAAGAAACGAAAGAGGGAGCGGAAGGAACGAAAAGAGAAGGAGAAGGAUUUAACAGCUGUAGUGGGAGCCACUGCGACUGGUCAAGUAGGGCUAAGUAAAGAGGAGAAACCACCUAAAAAGAAACACAAGAAAAAAUCACAAGAAACGUAGAAGACG